AUGCCCCCUGAAACAACAAUCGACAAGACCAAGGAGCCAUACUCUGAUGCAUCCAGCUCCUACUGGCCAGAGGGAUGGGGCUGGGAACGCUACAGCCACCCAGACGAAGAUGCUACCAGCCUUCCUGAGGAGGAACAGGAGAAGAUCCGAAAUGGCUUCCGCCAUGUCUUGGGCAACGACGGAUUCAACAAGAUGAUGGAUUACCUGUUCGAGAAGGAAAUGGCGCAUCAGAAGAAAGAGCAAGACCUGGCUAAUGCGCUGCCCCCAGAGUACAAGGCGCCCGACUUCCUGAGGCAUUGGCGUCUACGCUGCAGCAGCGGCCCUUGGGGUUUCUAUGCCUUUCGCACUGCGCUGUAUGGCCAAGAUGAUAAAUGGGAAGAGUUCAAGACUCGGCUCGACAGACUUGUCAAUAUCCCCUUUGACCAUGUCGUGCAGGCCCACCGCGGACACGAGUAUGAAGAGGUUGCCGAGGGACGUAGGACGUUCACCAUACACUGGAUCGAAGACGAGCAACUCGCUGGAGCGAAUGCCGACUCGCUACGCAAGCGCUAUUCCGCAUUGAGACAGGACAAGGAGGCUAAAGGAGCGCUUGAUCUCGGCAUGUUCCUCUGCGCGUCUCCCGAGGCAGUAGAGUCUGUUCUCUCGCCAAAUCAAGAUGAUCUGCCAACCACCGACAGUCUAGCCUUUCGCGACGAAGCGCCAUUCUUGCUAGCAGUCAUGAUGGAAGAAUCUACGAAUCCACACGGCGAUGAAGAGCCUUAUGAUCCGCAUGAUCCCCACCACGAGGCAAACUGGUACAAGUCUGUCUUCAAGGUGCCCAUUGAGCUUAUCGCCAAUGAGUUCUGGAAGACGAUAGAAGAUCCCGUGAUGGGCCUUGCGAGAAUCACCCGCAAUGUCAGAGGAAGCACGGAGCUAGGAGGAGAGCUUCCGAAGAUUAUUCCCUUGGACGAGCCAUACGAAUAUUGGUGGGGGGCGGGACCAACACCACGGUCAAUCAAGAGGAGGAGAAUGGGGUGA